AUGUUUUUAUUUUCCCAUAGAUUAAACAUUUUAUUUCAUUGUACAACUGGAAGUUGUGAACUUUCCCCUUCUCUUCUUUUGCCUUUUUUCAAUCGAGAAGUGUCGCUUAAAUCAGAAUGCCGCCUUAUUCUCUUUCUUUCAAUUCCUUUAGCUAUAGCUAAUUAUUUAAUUGUUUAUCAGAAUGUUCCUCAAAAAGUCCAACCUGUUGUUUUUGGACAAAUUCUUGUUUGUCUUGGAAUUUUAUUGUUUAUUUGUGCCCUAGAAUCACUUUGCCGAACAGCAAAUUUAUUAUUAACAAUUUCUGCAUUUAUUGUUUCAAUGUUCUUACCGAUAGGGCAACAUGUUGCUUUUAAAUUUAAAAAUUUUUAUUUAGAAAAAUUUUUUGUAUAG